AUGCCAAAGAGAGGAGCCGGAGGAAGACAAGGAAACAAAUUCCGAGUGACAUGCGGUCUGAACAACGCCUCAACCGUCAACUGUGCUGAUAACACAGGUGCCAAGACUUUGACCAUCAUUUCCGUUAAGGGUUUCCACGGAAGACUUAACAGAUUACCAAGAGCCGGCUGUGGUGAUAUGGUCGUUGCUACUUGUAAAAAAGGAAAGCCAGAAUACAGAAAGAAGGUUCACACUGCUGUCAUCAUCAGACAAAGAAGAACUUGGAGAAGAAAGGACGGAACCACUUUGUACUUCGAAGACAACGCUGCCGUCAUCGUCAACUUGAAGGGUGAAAUGAAAGGCUCUGCCAUCACCGGACCAGUCUCCAAAGAGUGCGCUGAUUUGUGGCCAAAAAUUUCUUCCAACGCCCCAACCAUCGUCUAA